CAGAUAAUUCAUCGCUUGAAACGAAUAGACUUUAGCGUUAUCAAUUGCUUUUUUAUCGGUUCUGUGCCAGGAGUUCACUCCUAUGACAACGAUGAAGAAGUUUAUUGGGGUCAUGAGAGAGUGGGGCGAAUUUUGGAAGAUCAUGCUUGUUUGCAAAAUUACGACGUGGGACGAUGUUGCAUCGUAAUGCAGUCAUCUUCAAUUGGAAGCGUUGGAGACGAUGCUGAUAAUAAUUGGUUGACCGGCGAGUUUACUCGAGCAUUAUCAUCAGUUUUUGUCGCAGAGAACACCAACGAUACCAUUGAUACAAUCAAGACCCCGAUAUUCCUCAUUAACCCAAGCGUUCAGGACUUGAGCAAUGCCAUUUCUUCGAAUAAUUGUCUCUGUUACAGCUCGGAAACACAUGCAAGGCAACAGUGGAUUUCAAAGUAUUUGUGUCGUUGGAGAAAUAAUGCCCCCGUUGGAUCCUAAAUCGCUCCUCACAUUAAAUAUUUUUUAAGAACAGACCCCACCUUCACAAUUGCGUCUUGGUUUCUUUUGACAAGUGGGAACAUUAGCCAAGCAGCGUGGGAUAAAUUAAACAGCAGAGGCGGACUUUACGUGAAAAAUUUCGAAGCAGGUGUUUUGCUUCUCCCCUCAUUUGUGGUACGUCGUCGUCGUCGUUUCGUUUCGUCGUUAUUUAUGAUUCUUAAUUGUCGACAAUUUAGAAAGGUCAAUCAUUGUUUUCAGACUGGUAAUACGGCAUAUCCGUUGGCAACAUUGAAUGGUUCGAUAGAGAGUUUCAACAAAGGCGUGGCAUCCCUCAUCGUGCCCUUUGAUUUGCCACCAGUGAGAUACUGACGCGGAACGGAUGAGCCCUGCUUCAAAGAAUCAACAGAUUUAAAUAUUAGACAAAGAAAUCGUUCGCCUUGCAAGGACAAACAUCUUCGGUUCGCCAUUUCCAAAGGAGACGAACUCAGAGCGGAAGAAAUUUUUCCACACUUGAGUUCGGUAGCCGACAAGGUGGUGCAGAAACAAAGCGCUAGUGAGACGCAAAACGUACCAACUUAUUGUGACGUUCAGUCCCUUUCAGACAUACUAGUUUCGCAUGACGUCGAUCCAUAUACUGUUUUAUUAAAAAACGCAGCGGCUGCACUACUUGAUGAUUGAUGUCCCAUCGUAUGGAGCAAGACCCACUCAGCAAGUGAAAAUGGUCAAGGGGAUUUUCGGAGAAACUGGUUGCAAAUGGUUCGAGUUCAAAAUCGGAUACAUUUACGGGUCACAUAUUCAUUGUAUUUUUCGAAACACACCUUAUAUCGUUCUUAGACAAGUUCGAGCAAUUUUCGUGAAAAUUGUUCAAAAAGCUAUAGGAGAAGUUCUUCUAGCUAGCGACAAAACGGUAGUGAACGGCUCUACCGACGCGGACUUUGGAAACGAUGGCAGGAUCCGUAUUCACCAUGAGAUUGGCCAGCAGUGGCCGAAGUGAUUGACCGGAUCGUGAAUUCGAGGGAGGGCUAUAAAAUGCACAGAAUGCGCGAAGUUCUAUAUUACGUGGCGCGUCACGGGAUUAUAGGAAAAUUGAGCGCAUUCUGGCUGAUACUGUAGCUGUUGGAAAGGAAGAGUCCAUCGUCGGCGUGCAGGUUCAUUGCGCGAGUGUAGUUUCUUCUACAGACGGAGGCGCAAUUUUUACAAGGUUGUCGGGCAUGAAAAAUUUUCUGAAUAAACCAAACCUGGCUACGACUAGUCCGGCAUUUCUUAAAUGAGUGGGCCAUGCUUACGGCAACACAACGACUUGCAGGGGAAUACUUCCGAAUUCGACAUAUAUGCAAACGUACGAGCCAUCAGCUCAUAGGUUCAAAGCCAGUAGUAACGUUUGUGUGGAUACUUUUCUGCAGGGUCGAGGAAUGAAUAAAUUCACGAGUCAAAUGAAAAGAUUUAACAAAAUAAGGCAAGCGACAUCUCGCAAAUUAAAUGCAAUGACGCAGACGAUAGGUUCAUACCACGAAGUUGGAUACCGUUGUCGUAUCGAAACUGUGGAAACUUUUGAUAAUUUGCAACAGUUGAUUGAAGCAUACCACGAUGAGGACGCUUUUAUGGUUCGGAGGGGGGCCAUCCUCGAAAGGAUGAUUGAUUCCGGCGUUUUAACGAGAAUCUCAGGCUUGGACUGGCGAAGGCAUUUAGUUGAUUGUGGUAUUCUCAACGAUUGUGAAAUUCUCGAUUCGGCGCUGCGUUUGUUCAAAAAUUAUGACGGAACAAUCCAGCUGCCAAGAAUGUCGUGGCCGGAAGUACCAUCCACGUCUUUCCAAAAAGUAUCAAAUGAAUCUAUGCGUCAAGAAGACGAGCUUGUUCGAAGCGAUCUAAGAAGGGCGAUAGAAAAGUCUCCAUCGAACAUUCCUUGGCGGCAUUGGCUGCGAAAAUCAUGCGACCAAAAACCGACUCUCGAAGAGAACGAGAACCAUGAUGAGGAAGAAGAUUGUUCUAAUGUAGCAAACGACGAAGACAAUAGCGAAAAUGGCAUAAGCGAGAGUAGCGAAAGCGACUAUGACGCGAAACCGGCUGAGCUGGAUGCAGACCAAAAAACACGCCCGAAAAAGGUGUUGCCCGAGUUUCUCUUGCCGACAAGAUUACCGAUGAACGUUGGAAUCGGUCCAUCGCUUAUGUGUCAAAGAGAUAUCGUGAAAGCGUACGUCGCUGCUAACCGCAUGAAAUUCUUUCUGGAGGGGACUUACCUGAAGGGGAAAAAAUUAGAAAUUGACUUGGUUCGAUUAAUGAGAGAACCUGCUAGAAGGAACAAGAGGAAGGUAGGACAUGUUCAGGCAAUGAAGGGUACGGAAUUAUUUCUACAGGAAUACGAGGACCAAAACAAACACCUCCCAAAACUGUCACCAAUGGUGAUGCACCUUUUCGAUCGCCAAAUCGGGAUCGUCGGUAACGCCAUACGAGUAGCAGAAAAAAGGGUGGAAAAAUUCCUCACUUCUGAUUCGACAACUCCAAAUGAGGACUCCCUGGUGUUCAUUUAUUGGGCAACGGCUCUUGCACAUAUAGGACCGGAUGGACAUCGGAAAAACCCGUCUUGGCAAAUCGGGUUUUAUAACUCCAAGCGACGUUGCCGACAUUAUUUUGACGCCUCCGUCACCAAUGGGAUCGUGGGUAUUGUCUGCGACUAA